CGGGCUCUGCGCGUGCAUUCUGAAGAGGAUAAGGAAGUCCGAGGUGAUUGUGGGUGAACGGAGAUUUUUUUUCCCCCUCCCCGCUGCUAGCAAAGCUAAAUCUGAAGAUGGAAGAAAUGGAAGAGGAGCUCAAGUGCCCGGUGUGUGGCUCUUUUUUCCGAGAGCCGAUCAUCCUACCGUGCUCGCACAACAUUUGCCUGGCCUGCGCUCGGAACAUCUUGGUGCAAACGCCGGACGCGGAGUCUCCACAGGGCGGCCGCGCCUCCGGCUCAGCGCCGUCCGAUUAUGACUACCUGGACCUGGAUAAGAUGAGUCUGUACAGUGAGUCGGACAGCGGCUACGGUUCUUACGGCGGCUUCGCGAGCGCACCCACCACCCCUUGCCAGAAGUCACCUAAUGGAGUGCGUGUGUUCCCUCCCGCUGCCGUUCCCCCGCCGCAACCUCAGCACCAGCUGCUCCCGCAGCCCAUGGGCACACCGCCGAUUCCGCGCAACGCCUGUCUGACGUGCCCGCAAUGCCACCGCAGCCUGACCCUGGACGAGCGCGGCCUGCGCGGCUUCCCCAAAAACCGGGUGCUCGAAGCCGUUGUGGACCGCUACCAACAGAGCAAAGCGGCAGCUCUGCGCUGUCAGCUGUGCGAGAAAAGCCCACGGGAAGCCACAGCCAUGUGCGAGCAGUGCGACGUGUUUUACUGCGACCCGUGCCGCCUGCGCUGCCACCCGCCGCGAGGUCCGCUCGCCAAACACCGCCUCGUUCCUCCCGCGCAGGGACGCAUCAGCCGGCGCGCCAGCCCGCGCAAGACUUCCACCUGCACCGAGCACGAACUGGAGAACCUCAGCAUGUACUGUGUGCAGUGCAAGACACCUGUGUGCUACCAGUGCCUCGAGGAAGGCAAGCAUUCCGCUCAUGAGGUCAAGGCACUCGGGGCCAUGUGGAAGCUGCACAAGGGGCAGCUUUCUCAGGAACUGAACAUCCUGUCUGAUCGAGCUACUGAGGCCAAAGAGUUUCUUGUUCAGCUCAGAAACAUGGUGCAGCACAUACAGGAGAAUGGAGUUGAAUUUGAAGCAUGCUUGGUGGCUCAGUGUGACGCGCUGAUUGAUGCUCUGAACCGCCGGAAAGCUCAGUUACUGGCCAGAGUGACCAAAGAGCACGAGCACAAACUCAUGGUGGUACGUGAUCAGAUUUCUCACUGCACGGUGAAGUUGCGGCAGACGACGGGGCUGAUGGAAUAUUGUCUUGAGGUCAUCAAGGAAAAUGACCCCAGCGGCUUCCUGCAGAUCUCUGAUGCACUGAUUCGUAGGGUGCAUAUGAUUGAGAGUCAGUGGGGUAAGGGGACACUCACGCCACGUAUGACCAGCGAUUUUGACCUGACACUGGACAGCAGCCCAUUACUACAAACCAUCCACCAGCUUGACUUCGUACAGAUGAAAGGUAUCAAUUAUCAUACAGUAUCAGUGUGUGUGUGUGUGUGUGUGUGUGUGCUUGUAUCUUUGAGUGUGGGGAUGUAUAUGUGUGUACUGAUAAAUGUGUGUGUGUGUGUGUGUGUGUGUGUGUGCACGCGCGCAGUUCCAGCAGCUCCAAUCCUGCAGCUGGAGGAGUGUUGUAGUCAGACGAAUAGUGCCACUCUAUCUUGGAAACAGCCUCCUCUCUCCACGAUCGUUGUGGAAGGCUACAUACUAGAGCUGGAUGAUGGCAGUGGAGGGCAAUUCAGAGAAGUGUACGUUGGCCCGGAGACAAUCUGCACAGUGGACGGCCUUCACUUCAACAGCACGUAUAAAUCUCGUGUUAAAGCCUUUAACUCCAGCGGAGUGGGGCAGUACAGCAAAACACUCGUCAUGCAGACCUCUGAGAUUGCCUGGUUUACCUUUGACCCUGCGUCAGCCCAUCCAGACAUCAUACUGUCUAAUGACAACCUCACAGUCACGUGUAACAGUUACGAUGAUCGUGUUGUCAUGGGCAACACACCCUUCUCCCGUGGGGUGCAUUACUGGGAAAUGACCAUAGAUCGCUAUGACAAUCACCCAGACCCUGCAUUUGGGAUUGCCCGAGGUGACGUGCUGAAAGACGUAAUGUUGGGAAAGGAUGAUAAAGCCUGGGCCAUGUAUGUGGACAACAACCGCUCCUGGUUCAUGCACAACAACUCCCAUACCAACAGAACGGAUGGAGGGAUUGGUAAGGGAGCAACAAUAGGGGUUCUGUUGGAUUUCACCCGGGGGAUUCUGUUGUUUCUUAUCAAUGAUGAGCAACAAGGUCCUGUGGCUUUCGACUCCUUGGAAGGCCUUUACUACCCUGCCAUCAGCCUCAACCGCAACGUUCAGGUGACUCUUCACACUGGACUGCCCAUUCCAGACUUCUACACACUAGGAGAGUCGGACCCUUCAGGCUCCGUAUGCUGAAGACCGACAUAACACACACACACACACACACACACACACACACACACACACACAUACAUUGAUGGAUAAAAAUUAUACUGAUAUUCAGUUCUCAGCUGUUUAUGUGAAAUUCUGGGUUGGUUUAAGACUUCAGUGCUUUUUAAGAAGCUUAGCUGCUAGUUACAACCGUUCAAAUUAAAUUACUUUAUUUUAUGGCAAACGGAGGCAGCAGGAGAGCAGAAUACUACUGUACACUUCCAUUUGUAAUCUUAAAAAGCCACAGAGUUUAUUUUAUGUGUUGUUUAGAGAAAACACUGAUUAAAAAAUGUUAAAAUUAAAAAAUGUUCUCCCUCCCACAAAACACUGCCAUUAUGCUACCAAGUUCAGGCAUGCCUCUCAUUACUCCUCCGAUCUACUUCAUUUAAUCAUCGACUGCUUGAUCAGAUAGAAGAAGAAAAUCAGCAUGGUGUCAUGCGUGUAAAUUCAUAACGAUAUGCACAACUCAAUUUAUAUGAAAGGGAACAGUGAGUAGCAUUUCCACUUUGUAGCUCCAGUGUCCCUUGUUCGAACCUGAGCUCGGGUUACUGCCUGUGUGGAGUUUCGUAUGUUCUGAGGUUUCCUGCACCUCCCCAAAACAUGCCGGUAGGUAGAUUGGCUACUCUAAAUUACCCAAGGUAUAUGUACAUCCAUCCACGGAAUAUAUAUUUCUGGCUCGUUCCUGGGAGAUACACCAUGGCCCACGGUUACUGAAGAUGAAUGAAUUAAUGAAUUUAUAUGAAAACUUGCAACUGCCCCCUGCUGGUCAAGGUUAGAGUUUGUAGCAUUUCUUCAUUUUCUUAUAACUUCAUUAAUAUGAUCAUCACCUUCACUUCAAAUCUGUAAAAAAAAAAAAAAAUUCCAGGUUCAAAAGAUUUUUAUUUUAGACAUAACAGCCCAAAUAUUGUGAUAACUAAUGACAACCAAGAGUUAUUUGUUAUGUUUAUUAUUAUUAUUAUUAUUAUUAUUAUUAUUAUUAUUAUUAUUGUUGUUGUUGUUGUUGUUAUUAUUAUUAUUAUUAUUAUUAUUAUUAUUAUUAUUAUUAUUAUUAUCAUUAUUAUUACUAUUAUAGUUGGUGCUAAAGCAUUAAGAUGUGGCUCUGGUCCUAUAAGCCUAUAAACUACAGAGUCCAGGCAGAUUUUAUACUUAUUAUUAUUAUUAUUAUUAUUAUUAUUAUUGAUCAUAUAUUACUGAUCUGUGCAAAAGUGAAUAUGUGCAGAGAUAAAUUAUGAAUCUGUAGAGGUUAUACAAUGCAGUUUAUCAUUAUAAUUGGACUAUGUGCAGUCGGUUCAGUAUAAUGUGUUAAAUGGAAAAUUCACACACUGACUGUAAUGUCUGUGUGGCCUUUACUGCGCUUUCUUUUUUGUAGAAAGCUGAGAAAUUUUAGGGCAUUUUGUCCUCACAAACUACAAAUUCACACUACACGUACUGCACUCCAUUUACCAAAAAAAAAAUGCUAACUGCAAUCUGUCCAUGAUUGGAAAAUAAACAUUUAAACUUUAAGGUGUAAACUAUAAUCCUUUAUUAUAACUUGACGCUAUACUGAAUCAUUCUCACGAAGUUCAAUGAUGAGAGUGUCAAUAUAGUAAUUUAACAGGAAUGAAGAGACACUGAGAUGUCUCUCACUCAUACACAUACACACACAUACACACACAUACAGGCACAGCAUGAACACUCACUCCACAACAGUCCCCCUUCUGGUCAACUCCUAUAAUGAGCAGCAGUACACACACAUUUCUCUUUCUCUGUCCCCUCCGUUUGUUACUGCCUCAGAGCUGUACAGGCAAAUCGCUAAUACUUAUUGAAAAACUGGUGCUGCUUCUGUUUAUAUGUCUGAAAAUUCCAGUACUAUAUAUAGAUAGAAUGAUAUAUUUGUGUUAUUACCUGCAAUAUAAAAAAAAGCACAGCUUUAAAUAAAAUAAAUAGUAAUUCAUACCGGCAAUAUGUUUUAUGUUCUAGAAGUGCUAGACUUUAUAGAGUGGAUGUUUGCGUGGCUCCAUGUCAUUAGAUGGGGGGGGGGGGG